AUGGAGCAUCAAGGAACUUCAGUCUGGUAUGGAGUGGACCAGCAGAUCUCAGAGUCCCCCAGUGGUCUGUCUGUCCAGCAGCAUCAGACCCAGCUGGACUCCAUCUUUCAGCUGCUGGAGGACGACAUCGUCAUGUUUGUGAAGGACGAGCUGAAGAAGAUCCUGAAGGUUCUGAGUCCAGAUUACCCAGAAUCCUCAGUGAGUCUGGAGGAGGAUGAAGAUGAAGAGCAGAAGAGCAUCAGAGAGACAUUCGUGAAGAUCACAGUGAAGUUCUUGAGGAGGAGGAAGCAGGAGAAGCUGGCUGACCUCCUGCAGAGCAAGACCGUCACUGCCGUUUGUCAAUCCAAACUCAAAGGUCAGCUGCAGAAGAAGCACCAGCAUGUGUCUGAGGGGAUCAUUAAAGCAGGAAAGAAAACCCUUCUGGAGCAGAUCUACACGGAGCUCUACAUCACAGAGGGAGGGACUGGAGAGGUCAACGAUGAACAUGAAGUCAGACAGAUUGAAGCAGCUUCCAGGAAACCAGACGGAGCAGAAACAGCCAUCAGACAGGAAGACAUCUUUAAACUCCCACCUGGAAGAGAUGGACCAAUCAGAACGGUGAUGACGAAGGGAGUGGCCGGCAUCGGGAAAACAGUCUUAACACAGAAGUUCACUCUGGACUGGGCUGAAGGCAGAACCAACCAGGACAUCCAGUUCCUGCUUCCAUUCACCUUCAGAGAGCUGAAUGUGCUGAGAGAGGAGAAGUUCAGCUUGGUGGAACUAGUUCAUGGAUUCUUCUCUGAAACCAGAGAAAUCUGCAGCUUUGAAGACUUCCAGGUCGCGUUCAUCUUUGACGGUCUGGAUGAGAGUCGACUUCCUCUGGACUUCCACAACUCUACAAUCGUCAGUGACCCCAGAAGGUCCACCUCAGUGGACGUACUGCUGACAAACCUCAUCAGGGGGAACCUGCUUCCUUCUGCUCGUCUCUGGAUCACCACACGACCCGCAGCAGCCAAUAAGAUCCCUCCUUACUGUGUUGACAUGGUGACAGAGGUCAGAGGGUUCACUGACCCACAGAAGGAGGAAUACUUCAGGAAGAGGUUCAGAGAAGAGGAGCAGACCAGCAGGAUCAUCUCCCACAUCAAGACAUCACGAAGCCUCCACAUCAUGUGCCACAUCCCAGUCUUCUGCUGGAUCACUGCUACGGUCCUGGAGAACGUCCUGGGAACCAGAGAGGGAGGGAGGCUGCCCAAGACCCUGACUGAGAUGUACAUCCACUUCCUGGUGGUCCAGGCCAAAGUGAAGAAGGCCAAGUAUGAUGGAGGAUCUGAGACGGAUCCACACUGGAGUCGAGAGAGCAGGAAGAUGGUGGAGUCUCUGGGAAAACUGGCUUUUGAGCAGCUGCAGAAAGGAAACCUGAUCUUCUAUAAGAAAGACCUGAAAGAGUGUGGCAUCAAUGUCAGAGAGGCUUCAGUGUACUCAGGAGUGUUCACCCAGAUCUUUAGAGAGGAGAGGAGCCUGUACCAGGACCAGGUCUUCUGCUUCGUCCAUCUGAGUGUUCAGGAGUUUCUGGCUGCUCUUCAUGUCCAUCGGACCUUCAUCAAGUCUGGAGUCAACCUGCUGGAAGAUCAGACAACCUCUCUCACAUCUGAAACAUGGGUAGUUCAGGAGGAAGAUGAAGAUGAAUUUGAAAAUUAUGAAGAUGAAGAAUAUGAUGAUGAUGAAGAUGAAGAUGAAGAUGAAGAGACUCGCUUCUAUCAGACAGCUGUGGACACGACCUUACAGAGUCCAAACGGACAUCUGGACUUGUUCCUGCGCUUCCUCCUGGGUCUUUCACUGGAGACCAAUCAGAACCUCCUACGAGGUCUGAGGACAUCAAACCAAAGAAGUUCACAGAACAAUCAGGAAACUAUCAAAUACAUCAAGAAGAAGAUCAGUGGGGAUCUGUCUGCAGAGAGAAGCAUCAACCUGUUCCACUGUCUGAAUGAACUGAACGAUGGUUCUCUGGUGGAGCAGGUCCAACGGUCCCUGAGGUCAGGACUUCUCUCCACAGAUAAACUGUCUCCUGCUCAGUGGUCGGCUCUGGUCUUCAUCUUACUGUCAUCAGGAGAAGAUCUGGAGGUGUUUGACCUGAAGAAGUUCUCAGCUUCAGAGAAGGCUCUACGGAGGCUGCUGCCGGUGGUCAAAGCCUCCAAGAAAUCUCUCAGACUGAGUGGCUGUCACCUCUCAGAGGACAUCUGUCCACUUCUGUCCUCAGUUCUCAGCUCUCAGUCCUCCAGUCUGACAGAACUGGACCUGAGCAACAACGACCUGCAGGAUUCUGGACUGGAGCAGCUGUGUCCUGGACUGGAGAGUCCACACUGUCACCUGGAGUUUCUCAGGCUGUCAGGCUGUCUGAUCUCAGAGGAAGGCUGUGCUUCUCUGGUCUCAGCUCUGACCUCCAACCCCUCCCACCUGAGAGAGCUGGACCUGAGCUACAACCAUCCAGAAGAGUGGUUGCUCAGGGCUGUGGGGGGAUAUUCCUGUCACCUCACCAUCGACACAAACACAGUCCACAACAAGAUCAAACUGUCUGACAACAACAGGAAGAUGACACGUGUGGAGGAGGAUCAGUCAUAUCCUGAUCAUCCAGACAGGUUUGAUGGUUAUGGUCAGCUGCUGUGUAGAGAAGUUCUGACGGGUCGCUGUUACUGGGAGGUCCAGUGGAGCGGAAACAUUUCUGUAUCAGUGAGUUACAGAAGAAUCAGCAGGAGAGGAAACACUGGUGACUGUAGGUUUGGAGGAAACGAUCAUUCCUGGAGUCUGGAAUUUUUUCCAGGUGGUCAGUACUGUGUCUCUCACAAUAACAGAGAAACAUUCACCACCAUCUCCCUAUCUCCACCUUCAGACUCUGGCAGAGCAGCAGUUUACGUGGACGUUCCUGCUGGAACUCUUUCCUUCUAUGGAGUCGUCUCUGACAGACUGAUCCACCUCCACACCUUCAACACCACCUUCACUGGACCUCUCUGUGCUGGAUUUGGACUCUGGUCCUGGUCUGGGUCCUUGUCUAGGUCCAGGUCUGGUUCCUCAGUGUCUCUGUGUCCAGUUUAG